UUGACAGCAACGUUUGCCGUGAAAUUUUUCUCCGAGUUUGUGAAAAACUCGGUAAUUUCGAACAAUUUUUCGCAAAUUUUCUUGUUUUUCCGUAAAAAAUAGUGAUGGAAACGGCUGAAAACGAUGGCGGGAGUAACGACCAUAGUGAACAACCACCGGAAUCAAUCGAACAAAUGGAUGAAGAUGUAGAAAUGGAAACUAACGAAAUGCUCUCGGAAACGAACCAACAACAGCAGCAGCAGGAACAGGUAACGCAAACAAUGGAUCCUUUUCCAGGGCAACCGCCCGCUGCCGUUCCGAACGUUGUUGCUCAACUGGUUCCGGAACAUCGAGAAAAAGUGCCUUUACUAGCGAACCCCCCGGCAAUGAUAAGAAGCGGUGGUAUAGUUUCUAGUUUUGUGCGGGGCGUAACGCCGACUAAUGUGAAACCUGCAUUGGCAACAGCCGGAGGACAUGCAUCCGCAUUGGUUAAUCCCCCACCAACGAUUGGCGCCGCCUCUAUUCAACCUUCAGAGCUUUGGGUGGAAACCAAAACGGCUGAGGGUAAAUCGUAUUACUAUCAUGCUAUCUCUAGGGAAACGACUUGGACUCGUCCGGAAGGUGCCAAUGUCAAAGUUAUGACUCAGGCGGAAGUCGAAGCGAUGAAUAAACAGACUGCAGUGGUUCAGCAACAGCAGAAGCCUCAACUGGAACAACCCAAACCGGAACAGGUUGUUCCAACUGUGAUUCCGACGAUCAUGCAACCGGUAGUCACGGCUGUUACAACGAUACCGGGUCCGAUUCCUCGAUUUUCAGGACCUCCGCCAGCCUUUAUGGGAGGGAUGCCACCAUUUGGUAUGCCUCCUCCUUCAUUUGCAAAUUUUCCUCCGUGGAAUCCAGGUGGUGCUCCUGGUGUUCCCGGCCAGUGGCCUCCGGUGGCUGGUGCAGCUGCUGCUGCCCCGUUGAUCGACCCUGCCAAAGCUAUUGCGGAAAUAAAAACCAGCGAAAUCGAACCCUCGGUUGCAGCUAAGGCGGCCGAGUGGACCGAACACAAAGCUCCGGAUGGGCGACCAUACUUUUACAACGCAUCCAAGGGCGAGAGCGUUUGGGAAAAGCCACAGGCCAUCAAAGACAUGGAGAUGGCCAAACUUGCAGUUUACAACAGUCGUCAAAAGCCCAAACUGCCACCCUUCAUAGCACCGCCGAUUCCGCCGCAGAUGCCCAUAAUACCGCCGCUGCAAACGAGUGCCGGUGGCAUGCCCGGUCAACUUGCACCACCGCAGCUCGGAGGUGGUGUGAAGAUUCAACAGUUCCCACCACAAUUGGCCGCCGGUGGAGCCCCCAUCCGGCUGCAACAGAUUGGUGGUGCCCCGGGAAUGGUUUUCGAUCAGAUCAACUUCUUGGCCAACGCCAAAAAUGACAAAGCAGAAGACGAGAAAAAGAAGAAAGCUGAAGCGGAGAGAAAGAAGAAAGAGGAAGAGGAAAAGGCUAAAGCGGCCAAACCUCUGGACAAGAGUAGACCAAUUUCCAGCACUCCGAUUAGCGGAACCCCGUGGUGUGUUGUGUGGACCGGAGACGCUAGAGUUUUCUUCUAUAAUCCUUCAUCGCGAUCGUCGGUUUGGGAACGGCCCGAUGAUUUGAAGGAACGUGCAGAUGUGGACAAAGCUAUAUCAGUCCCGCCACAGCAACUAUUAGGAAAUAUUCCAAAGGAUGUACAGGAGAAGGUACAAGCCGCCAAGAAUGCUCUUGCUGCCGAAGAGCCUUCGGAGAAGCAGUCCGAUUCGGAAUCUAGUGUUGAGGACGCAGAUGGAGAAGCUCCCAGUAAGAAGUUGAAAACCGACGUUGAAGCUGCGAUAAAAACGUCACAAAGUGCAGCAGCUGCAGCCGCCAUCGGUUCUUCGAAAGGUGGCAGUGAUCCGGAGAAGGAAGCAUUGGCAAUGGAGGCGGAAGCAAGAGCAUCUCGAGAGCGAGCACUCGUUCCGUUAGAUGUGCGCAUGAAAUCAUUUAAGGAGAUGCUCAAGGAGAAAGAAGUAUCGGCUUUCAGCACUUGGGAGAAAGAAUUGCACAAGAUUGUUUUCGAUCCAAGGUAUUUGCUGCUUACUUCCAAAGAACGAAAACAAGUUUUUGAAAAGUACGUUAAGGAUCGUGCCGAAGAAGAGCGUAAAGAGAAGAAAAACAAAAUGAGGGCCAAGAAGGAAGAAUUCCGUUCCCUGUUGGAGGCCGCCAAUCUGCAUUCUAAAUCGUCGUUCAGCGAAUUUGCCCAAAAAUAUGGCAAGGACAGUCGGUUCAAGGUGAUCGAAAAAAUCCGGGAACGCGAGAGUUACUUCAACGAAUACAUCGUCGAGGUGCGCAAACGUGAGAAGGAGGACAAGCAGAAUCGAAAGGAACAGAUCCGCAAAGAUUUCCUGGCAAUGCUCCGGGAUCAUAGCGAGAUAACUCGACACAGCAGGUUCCAUGACGUGCGUAAACGGUUGGAAUCGGACAGUCGCUACCGGGCAGUUUCCGAUCCGCUCCAGCGUGAGGAUCUCUUCGAAGAGUACAUUAAGAUCCUGAAGGACGAAAAGAAACGAUCCAAGGAAAAGGAUCGCCGCCACCGGGACAAGCGGUCCCGGGACCGUCGCGGUUCCUCCAGAGAUCGCAGCGAGUCCAGGGAUCGUGGGGAGGAGGAUGGUGAGCAUCCGCGUUCGUCGGACGACGAGGCCGAGCGGCAGCAGAAGGAGCGCGAGAGAAGACUCCGCGCCGAGGCAAGUAUUAAAGAGCGUGAGAAAGAGGUACAGCGUACGCUGGCCACUCAUCUUAGGGAUCGGGACAAGGAACGACAACAUCAUCAGCGGGAUGAAGCCAUUCGCCAUUUCAACGCGCUGCUAGCCGAUUUGGUGCGGAAUGCGGACCUCACCUGGAAAGAGGUCAAGAAACAGCUGAAGAAGGAUCAUCGCUGGGAGCUCGUCGAGCUGCUCGAUAGGGAUGAUCGUGAAAGAUUGUUCAACGAUCAUAUUAACAACUUGGUCAAGAAAAAACGUGACAAAUUCCGCGAAAUGUUGGACGACAUCGUUUCACUUGAACUGACUAGCCAAUGGAGGGAUGUUAAGAAGCUGGUUCGUGAAGACCCCCGAUAUCUAAAGUACAACAGCAGUGAACGGUGUGAACGGGAAUUCCGCGAGUACAUCAAGGACAAGACCAUGAACGCAAAGCUCUCGUUCCGGGAGCUGUUGCAGGAGUGCAAAUUUAUCACCCACAAAAGCUGGGACAUUUACCGUGAAAACCUGAACCAUAUGCGCGAAAUCGAAGACAUCUUGAGCAAGGACCGGCGCUAUCUGGUGCUGGAACACAUGCAUCCCGAACGGACCCAGAUGAUUCUGGGCUAUCUGGAGGAUCUGCACAAGCGGGGACCACCGCCUCCCCCGACGGCCAGUGAAUCUUCUCGGAGGAAGUAGGCGGAGAGCGAGCACUGGCGUUGGUUUUCUAUUUUCAGGACGGAUUCACACGGGAUGCAAGCGUAAGUGUGUCCUAACCAUUUUAACAUCUCUCGACAGCACCGAGUUCGUACAUACAUCAUUUAAUCCAAACGAAGUAUAAAAAUAACAAACACAGUUUAGGGCAUCAGAAGCACACAUACACAAACACACCUAGUACUGCGAUCUGCAAAUUUCGUCGUGACGAAUCGUGUGUUGCAGUAGUUUGUAGGGUAUUAUUUCCUUUUCUUCGUGUGCUUUCUACACGUUUAGUGUUUAUUACUCCAAUAAUAUCGUCAUUCAGUAACUAUGAUGUCAGAAGAAGGUAAUCGCGAUUGGCAGAUUCAGAACGAAUGAACGAAGGCAGAUGGAUGAUGACGACGGUAACGUCUGCUGAAAUCGUGAAACUGACUCGAGAGCAAAUAUAAUGCUAAUGAGAUGAAAA